UGUUAGGUACACCACUACCCAAGGAAAAUAAAAGUGUCACUGUCAUUAUCAAUUGUAUUUACGUUUUCGCGCGUUUUUGUUGUUUUAUGUCAAUCACGCGGCUUGGUACCUUUGUAUUUGAUAGGAUUACCGUUCAAAACCAAACGUUUAGUGAAAAAGUGUUGUUUUUAUUAUGUGUGUGCAUCAAUUUAUAGUUUCUUUUCGUUUAAUUUGAAAUACGAAAUUUCAUUUAUAAUAUAAUAUGAACUCUGUAACCUCUAAGAGGAGCUGGGCGGCGGAAGUGGAAAUGGAGGAAACAAGAGAGAAUUCUACAUCCUCUAAAGAUAAAUCAAAUGGAAGUAGGGAAAAUUCUAACAGCAGAAAAAAAGCAAGACCAAACAAUAAGAGUGAAAGUGAAAAAAAAGAAAGUACACCAAGAAAACCAUUGGAAUUGGAAACAGAUCCCUUUGUACUACGAAGACGACAAAAACAAAUAGAUUAUGGCAAAAAUACAGUUGGCUACCACAACUAUAUAAGCCAUGUUAAAUAUGACGAAAGAACAAAAGAUCAUCCAAAGACACCUGACAAAUUUGCCAAGUACAGCAGAAGGUCUUGGGAUACUCUCAUCAAAUUAUGGAGGAAAAAAUUACACGAGUAUGAUGUGGAAGGAAAAGAUGAAUGUUUGGACAAUGAAGAUGAUAGUGACAACCAAGAUUGAUAGACUGUUUAAUUUUAAGUUAUAAUUACCAAUAAGGGUCAAUUCAUUGUCAUUCAAUUUUAUUUUGAUAUGUCUCUGACCUUUAUCAAGUUUCUAGUUAGUGGUGUAAUCUGUUACAAAAUAAGUUUUAAUGACUUCAUUCGUAGAAAGAUAUUGUGUAUAUCUUUACUGAAGUCAUUGGAUACAUCUUGACUAGGGACAUUCAUACUAAACAGAUUAAUAUGAUUAUGGAGAUGAAGUGUAACUG